UAAAAAAGGAAAUGUUAGGAAGAAUAUCAUGUCAGUUACUUUUUCAUACUGUUAAUUAAAAUGUGAAUGAGAAUCUGUCAGCUCAACUGUUAUGUAAAAAAAAUUGUAAUUUUAUACUUGUAAUAAUUGUUUGCAGAUUAAUAUUUUUACCAUUCUUUGUGUCCUGAAGUAAAUUUUUCUGUUUCAGUUCUAAGAAAAGCAGUGGGCCUAUUAUUGAAGACUUUUUUCUGAGGAGGAAUUCGUGUACUCCUCAGCAAGCCGCUGCUCUUACAGAGUUAUUUCUGAACAUGAUUGUUAAAGACAUGAGACCUUUUUCCCUGGUGGAUGGAGAAGGCUUUCGUGAAAUGGUUUCUACAUUCAAUCCUGGAUAUAUCCUUCCAUCAAGAACCUACUUUACUAGAUUAAUGGAGCAAAAAUAUGAAAAAACCUGUCAAAAAGUUAAGGAAACUAUUCAGGAAGGAAGAAGCUUCAUUGCACUGACCACUGACAUAUGGACUAGCCUUGCAACAGAAGCAUACCUUGGUGUCACAUGCCACUUUAUCACCGAGGACUGGAAAAUGAAGAGUCUCACUUUUGCAACCAUGCCUCUUGAUGAACGACAUACUGGUGUCAACAUAGCCACAUGGCUUGAAGAGGUUGUCACAAAACUCAACAUCUCUGUAGACAACAUUAAAGCAGUUGUUCAUGACAAUGGAUCAAAUGUUGUAGCUGCACUGAAAUUGCUGGCAGAGAAACAUUUUUGGGUCUCCGUCCGCUGUACUGGAGACACACUUCAGCUUGUUGUGAACAAUUCCCUUAAAGAGACCAGCAUCAGCAAAGCUUUGGGAGCUGAAAGGACCUUGGUUGAACAUUUUAGGAGAAGUGAACUGGCCAAUACUAAGCUGAAAGAAAAGCAGCAGCAGAUGAAUACAGCAGAGCAUAAGCUGAUUCAAGACGUCACAACCCGGUGGAAUAGCACAUACUUUAUGCUGGAGACUGCUGGAGCAGCGCUGGCCAAUUACUGCCACGCUUUCUGAUCCUGAAGUGACACCAAGGGGCAAACAUUACUUUGAUUUGAAGCCUUAUCAGUGGUCAUUGCUUGAAGAGCUCACCCAGGGCCUGCAGCCUUUUCAAUGUGCCACUGAGUUUCUUAGUGGCCAAGAGUACAAAACACUGUCAUGCCUUCCUCAGUUUGCAAAAGGGCUACAGAGGUCUGUGACACAAUCCAUGAACUUUGAAACUACACCUGGAAACGCUUUUUUAGCCAAAGCUUCUAGAGAGUUGAGAGGUGGGGGGAUGUCAGCACCUUCUUCAAGGAGAAAGAUAACACUAUUCUUCUGUCAGCAGCCCUAGAUCCAAGAUUUAGGAAACUCAAGUUUAUGCCUGCUGAAAAGAGGAUUGAGCUUCCUUGCUAUUAAAGCAGGAAAAGAGCUCUGGAAAUCUGCAGAAGAAGGGCAGCUUCAGUGUCAGUGUCACUGUUCCUAGGAGAGAGGAAGAGUCAGUUCUAGAGAACCUCCACCAGUCUGACACCAACAGCCUCAGUGAAGAGGAGGAGUCACAUUAGGAACAAAAGAUUCAGAUGGUGAGAACGGAAGUACAAAUGUACUUCACUGAAUCGCAAAUAGCCAAACAAGAAGAUCCUUUAGGUUGGUGGAAGGAAAAUGAGGGACGUUUCCCUAACCUAUCAAAGAUGGCAAGAUCUUUUCUUUGCAUUCCUGCCACAUCCACUCCAUCAGAACGGAUCUUCUCUGCUGCAGGAAACAUUUGCUCACAAAAAAGAGCAAGCUUGUCACGUGAACAUGUUGAUAUGCUGACCUUUCUUCAUUUUAAUUCAGCACUUAUUUGAAAAUCCAAAAAAGGCCAGUGCAGAAAGGACACUGUUACAUACUGCUUUUCAUUAAACUGAACACUUGUUUUACAAAUGAAGCUCUUAAUACUGCUGCCAAGAGAUGUUUACAUUCAAACAUGUAUAUAUUUUUUUUGUCUGUA